AUGAACGCUGCACGUCAACUCACUUCUCGCCGCUUUGCUUCGGCUAUGGGCCCAAGGUUGACCAACCCUGCUCGAUUCUCCUCCACCGUCACGGGUCACCAGAUGAGUCCCAAGGAUCGUCAGUUAAUGCAUGGUGUCUUUACCGCUGCCACCGUGGCCACUGUCGGAGGUGUCACAUAUGCCGCUACAAGAUCUGGCUCCAGAGUGAACAACCGCUUCAGCAAGAGGGACUCGAGCCUUGACAGCUCCAAGUGGUUCCUGGAGGGCGCCGACGUCAACAAAUGGCUUGCAAACCAAGGCAAAAACUAG